AUGGAGUCUCACGUGGAUCUGAAGCUGCGCACCUACCGUUUCAUCGCCUACUCGGCUGUCGGAUUUUCGGUCAUUGCUGCCGUUUCCCUUUGCUUUACCCUUCCUCUUCUGUACAAUUAUGUGCAGAAUACCAAGAUUCAGAUGAGUAAGGAGACUAUAUAUUGCAAGGUAAACAAUGUUUACUUUUCCCUUCUAGAAAUAUUAUUUUUGUAGGGAUCCGUGCACGACAUGUGGUCUGAGAUCAAUGAGAUGGUGCUGCCACGCAACAGAACUGCCAGACAGGCAUAUUCUUCUGGAGGAGGAGCAGGAGGAGGUGGUGGUGGAUACGCCACGGCUGCCGGAGGUGGUGGAGGAGACGCUGGAGGAUGCUCUGGAUGCUGCAACCCUGGACCACCAGGAUCCGGAGGAUCCCCAGGAAAGCCCGGAAAGCCAGGAAAGCCAGGAGCACCAGGAUCCCCAGGAGCCCCAGGAAAAGGAGCUUCCGCCCCAUGCGAGCCAUCGACCCCACCACCAUGCCAACCUUGCCCAGCCGGACCACCAGGACCACCAGGACCAGACGGGCAGCCAGGAGAGCCAGGAGGACCAGGACCAGCAGGAUUCCCAGCCGGACCUUCACCGCCAGGUCCACCAGGACCACCAGGACCACCAGGAGCUCCAGGAAAUGAUGGACAGCCAGGACAACCCGGAGGACCAGGAGCACCAGGAAUUGGAGGAGUCAGCGGAGACGCUUCUCCAGGACCCGUUGGACCACCAGGACCUGCCGGACCACCGGGAUCGGACGGACAGAGCCCUGCUGGAGGUGCUGGAGCACCAGGACCAAAGGGACCACCAGGACCAGGAGGAUUGCCAGGAUCCGAUGGAAACCCAGGACCACCGGGACCACCAGGAAAUUCAGGAGGUCAAGGAGAGAAGGGAAUCUGCCCCAAGUACUGCGCCAUCGACGGAGGAAUCUUCUUCGAGGACGGAACUCGUCGUCGCCGUUAG